AUGUUCGUCAUCACCGACGACGGCCCGAAGCUGCCUUGGGAGCUGGACGAGGACGGCCAUGCCGGCAGCAAGCCGGCGCAGGUGGAAGCUCAAGACCGCAGCGGCGCACCCAGCAGCCCACCUGGUGGCCCAGCACGGACUCUUGGGCACCGCGAAACAGGAUCUCCUUCCGAAGAGCCCCGCCGUCUGGAUGCUUCGCUGAUGCCACUGGCCGAGAAGGGCGACAGCGAGGCCUUGGAUGCUCAGCUGCGCCAAGGAUGUGAGGUCAACAUCUUCGUCAGCGAAUUUCGUUUCUAUCCAGGCUCCUUCCGGAUGUAUGGAACCGACUGGACACCGCUGACGGCAGCUGUGGCCGGAGGCCACCUUGAGGCUGCCAGAGUUCUGCUGGAGGUACGAGCGGACGUCAACGUGGUUUGCUGCUGUUGCACAGCCAGUGGCCCAUACAGCUUCUGGACCGCGCUCGACAUAGCUCGCACGGGCGACGCCGUGCCGUAUGAGAGGGACCCGGAGAAGCAGAAGCAGCCAAGGCAUCCGGAGAUUGAGAAGCUACUGCUGGCUGCAUGUGCGAAACCAUCAAGCAAGCUCCCUGAGCCUCCACGAAUGAACACAUAUGGCAAUCCAGCAGAGAAGGGUGAGAGGAAGAAUCCAUGCUUGGACGAGCAAGGCUUUCCACUCCGCCCAGAGCAUCUCUACACCGAAGAGGUCCUGGAGCUGAUUGGUCCGCCGGGCGCGCCGAAGUUCUCAAACCGUUCAGGUGGCGGUGGCGGCUGCCCGAUGAGCAGCAUGGGCAUGUUCGGGAUCGGCACCAGUGUGGAUGGCAGCAGGAUCUACACCGGCGAAGCGUCGUGGACGAAAGUCGAAAGGCGACUGGAUGAUUGA